CGACGAUGAAUUGUAAAGACAGUAAACAAAAUGUGGCGGCGAAGUUUGAUGGUAUUAAGUCCRAAAUYACUAAGAAAUUGUACUGCGUGUAAUGUUAAAAACCUUAGAAGAGUUWUUCUAUCUCAGGAUGUUAUUUUAAAGCGUUUUUCGGCGACRCAAGCGAAUGUUAACAACAACGAAAAUCCCAAAACUCUUCGUCUUUGGAGCGAUAGUGGAGGGGAUGAUGUCGAUUCUAGUCCUUUCGACGAUCUUGGAGCGUGGCAUGAAGCAGAAGCGAAAUCAUUUCUUCAUAACGUUGCAGUAGACAAAGUAGGGGCCAGUACUAAUGAAGGAAAAAGAACUUACAACGAAGAUCGCUUCCAAAUCCUAGAGCUUGACCCCGACUUUUACUACUUCGCAAUAUUCGAUGGACACGGUGGUUCUGAAACUGUGGACUUUGCUCAGAACCAGUUGCAUAAGAUAAUUCAAAGACUUCAUCGACAAAAUAAAGACUUAGAAAAAGUUUUAGUUGAAGCCUUUGAAGAGUGUGAUCAYGAACUUAAGAAACAUAUAAAGUGGCUUGUCGAUGAGCAAGGAUGUGAUGAGUCAGUUGGAAGAAGCGGCACUACAGCCACAGUAACUCUUCUGAGAGAUGGCACAGAGCUGGCUGUAGCAAGUGUAGGAGAUAGCAGAGCACUACUCGGCCGGAAUGGAGAAACAAUUUGCCUUACAAACGAUCAUCAUCCAACCAGAAAGGAUGAGCARGAAAGAAUAAAAGCCCACAGCGGCUGGAUAGACAAGAACUUCUCAAUUCCUCGAGUUAAUGGCAGACUUGCCAUGACAAGAUCUCUAGGUGACUUUGACGUUAAACCUUACGGUGUCAUUCCAACGCCGGARACAGUKUUGCUAAAAAUAGACCACCAGAAUGAUGCRUUCUUGGAAUUACAUACUGAUGGGGUGUCCCAUGUUAUGUCUGGGAAUGAGAUUGGUUUCAUAGUGCGUAUGUGUUCAGAUCCUCAAGAAGCAACAAAUUCAUUGACCUCCUGUGCACUGCAGUAUGGUGCUGAAGACAAUGUUACCUCCGUUAUUGUGCCUUUAAGAGCUUGGAGGAAGUUUUGUGCACAAAAUGUCACCAAAAAUAAUAUCAUGAGGAUUAACUGCAUCUAAUAAUUAAAUUGUACCAGAAACCAGCUAUAAGGGACUUGAACCUUGUAACGCCUGGACAUUUCCUUAGUACCAAGUGUCGGAAURUUCAAAGCUCAUUAAAAAUUCAAAAACAAACGUUGUGACCAUAUUUGGAAAAUUCUGCUGUUGGAUAAGAGAUUUAAGGCCCGUUCUGGUUGGCUAGGGUAAAUUUAAUUGUUCCAAAUAUGGUCAAAUAAGGAAAUGAGAUGCAAAUCAGAUUUGAAUAUUCCAACGGUUGGCACGGCAUUACAAGUUUCAAGUCCCUUAUACAGGGCUCGAAAUAACAGCCAGUCAAAGGACAAUGUCUUUCCAAAUUUGCUAGAUGACCAGCCAAAUCGGGUUUUGAAAGGACAAAUUGACCUGCCACAUUUUUAGACAAAUCAAUUCUCAAUUCGCUAAAUAAAUCUUUUUUACAAGCCAUUAAAAUG